UUGCAAACAGCUCGGAGUGAGGUAAGAGACACAACUCACUUGUUUAACAUUUGGAAAGCUGUCCAGUUCUCUGACAUCAUGAAAGUGACGUGGAUUGUUUUGGCGUUCAUAUUGUUCAGUCAUCUACAGUGGACAGCAGCUGCUCCAGGCGCAGGGCUGCACACAUGGGAUAGAUUUAGCAAACUUUCAUAUCCCGGUGACAAAGCCUUCCUCUAUGACACUUUCCCUGACAAGUUCAUGUGGGCUGUUGGCACCGCUGCCUAUUCAGUUGAAGGAGCCUGGGAGAAAGACGGGAAGGGUAAGUCUAUCUGGGAUACUUUCACUCAUGGUGGGACCCGGGUAUCCAGAGGCGAUGUGGGCAGUGACAGUUAUCACAACAUCCCGGGAGACCUCAGAGCCCUGCAGCAACUUGGAGUCAGUCACUACCGCUUUUCUCUGUCCUGGCCACGCAUCUUCUCCAAUGGCACCAAAGAAAGCUACAACGAAAAAGGUGUGGAGUAUUAUAAAAGUCUUAUUCGAGGAUUGAAGAAAAUUAAAGUGCAGCCCAUUGUGACUUUAUAUCAUUGGGACCUGCCAGACAAUUUGCAGACUUUAUUUGGAGGCUGGAGCAAUUCGGUUAUGGUGGAACUAUUCAGAGAAUAUGCAGAUUUUUGUUUUAAAACAUUUGGAUCGGAUGUGAAAUUUUGGAUUACCAUUGAUAAUCCUUUUGCUGUGGCCUGGCAUGGAUAUGGAACUGGGGUUGUGGCACCUGGUAUCAAAAAUGACUCAGUUUUGCCUUUCAGAGUUGGACAUAAUCUUCUAAAGGCUCAUGCAGCUGCCUGGCACAUGUAUGAUGACUGUUAUCGUUCCAGUCAGGGUGGACGAGUGUCCAUGGCUCUGGCCUCCCACUGGAUCAAACCUAGCAGAACCAGACAGGAGAACAGGAAAGCCUGCCAGUGUUCUCUGGACUUUGUGCUUGGCUGGUUCGCCCGACCAUUGUUUGUGGAUGGAGACUAUCCACCCUGCAUGAAACGAAAUUUGAUCCACAGACUGCCGUCCUUCACGGAGGCCGAGAGCUUGUACGUUAAUGGAACAGCAGACUUCUUUGCCCUGUCUCACGGACCUGCUCUUAGUUUUCAGCUGAUCAAUGACAGUCUGCUCUUUGGCCAGACAGAAGACCUGGGUCUGAGGAUGCUGCUGUACUGGGUCGGUGCCGAGUACAACAAUCCUCCCAUCUUUGUGGUGGAGAGCGGCUGGUAUGGAAGUGGCAACACGAAAACAAAGGAUGCUAAGCAUAUGUACUAUCUGAAGCGCUUUAUUAUGGAGACUCUAAAAGCAAUUCGCUUUGACAGAGUAAAUGUGAUUGGUUACACAGCAUGGUCUCUGCUGGACGGGUAUGAGUGGUACCGUGAAUAUGGAAUACGACGAGGGCUAUUCUUUGUGGAUUUCAACACUGCUGAUCUGAAAAGAGAGCCAAAGACCUCUGCCACUUUUUAUAGCAAACUCAUAGAGAAGAAUGGCUUCCCUCAGCUGCCUGAGAGCCAGCCUGCGCAGGGCGUCUUUCCCUGUGACUUUGCCUGGGGAGUUGCAGCCAACUCAAUACAGGUUGAUACUAUACCUAGCCAGUUUGCCGACCCUAGCGUUUACAUUUGGAACGUUUCUGGUAAUGGAGAGCUGAGAAAGGUCCCGGGUGUGCUGGUGCCCCCUAUGCACAGGAAAUACCACUGUGCCAAUUACGGCAGCAUCCUCCAGCAGGUGUCUGAAGUGCACCGUAUGCAAGUCUCACACUUCCAAUUCUCCAUCAACUGGUCCUCCAUCACUCCAACAGGCCGGGUGUCUGAUGCUAACGAAACACUUCUGAAAUACUACCAUUGCUUUGUCAGUGAGCUACGAAUGGUUAACGUGACCCCUGUUGUGACCCUUUGGCAACGCACAGGGAAACUGUCCAGCCUGCCGGCACCCAUGGAGGCUGGUGGGGGCUGGCAGAGCGAGGAGACAGUUCAGGCCUUUGCAGACUACGCCAGGUUGUGUUUCCAACGACUAGGAGCUCAUGUGAAGCUGUGGAUCACGCUGAAUGAACCUAAUGAUGAAGACCUUGAAUACACUGUGGGCCACCAGCUGCUCCGUGCGCAUGCUUUAGCUUGGCACGUCUACGACACUGAAUUCCGCAGAGCCCAAGGUGGUAAGGCAUCACUGGUCCUUCAUAUGGACUGGGUCGAACCUGCGUUUUCUUUCAACAGAGAGGACACUGAGCCUGCAAACCGAGUUCUGGACUUUCGAGUCGGCUGGUUUGCAGAUCCCAUCUUUGGUAGUGGUGAUUACCCAGGGGUGAUGCGCACUUGGCUCCAACAGCGAAAUAAUAUUGAUCUCUUCAGCUACCACUUACCUACAUUCAGCGAUGAAGAUCGGCUGUUGGUUAAAGGAACCUACGAUUUCUUCGCCAUCAGCCAUUUUACUACCUCGAUGGUGUAUGAUGGAGUGGAGGACACAUAUACCUUCAAAGACAAGUUGAAGGUACAGCUGAUUUCUGAUGUGACCUGGAUCAUGUCUUCAAGACGAAACUCUCCUGUGGUCCCCUGGGGUCUUCGCAAGGCACUGAACUGGGUUAACUCUCGAUACAAAGGGGUUCCCAUUUACGUGAUGGCCAAUGGUGUUCAAGAGGACACUGCUAGUUUUAAGGAUAGCUUGCGUGUCUACUACUUUUACAACUACAUUAACGAGGCCUUAAAAGCAUAUACACUGGAUGGAGUCAAUCUGAAGGGAUAUUUUGCAUACGCAUUCAGUGACCGUUGGGAUCCAGGCUUUGGCAUGUAUGGUCAUGUGCAGGAGGAGGUCAUUUCAAAAUCUUCACUGGCCCAUUACAAAGACAUUAUCCGCAACAACGGCUUCCUUGCCCCAGGCACACCUCAACAACAUUGUCCCCAUGCUCCAGUGCUCCUCACCAAGCAGCCUGUUGUUGGCUUUCUCUCUCUGGUGAGCUCUUGCAUGCUGAUCACAGUGUGCCUUGUUAUCUACUAUGCAGUCAAAAGGCACAAAAUAGCCACCAAAAAAUGAAAAAAUGGUUCCAGUGGACACUUUUUAUUUAUUUGUUUUACAGGUUAGUUUGAACACUAUGCUUUUAACACUUUCUUAAAUUGUUGCAGUUCUGGAAAAUCUUAAUGGGUACUACACAGGCCAGGAAUGCGUGGAUAAUUAUUUAACUGCAGUUUUACCAUGUAAAAACACUAUUUAUUUGUAAGAAAAUGAAUAUUGCAUUAUUUGAUCAAGUUUGCACAACGACUUGGUUUUUGCACAGAAGUUGUAGAAUAAAAGUUAUGGGGAAAGGGUAAUUAAUUCUGUUCUUACGUUUUGAAGACCUUACUAUGGUUAGCUUAAGUA